CGCGGGUUGACCUUGGCCGGGCCGGGGGCUGCGCCGGGCCCUGCGCACACGGGAGCCGCCCACUUCCCUCGCACCGGGGCUCCCCGCCAGCCGAGAUCUCCCGAGCCUCCCUGCCAGCUCUGAAGGUGCUCCCCGCUGCCCCGCAUCCCGCCGCCCUGGUGGCGGGGCUGCUGGCCGGGGCAAUGCGCUGAGCCCGGCGGGUCCGCUGUGCGUGGUGCUCGGCCACGGUGUGGGAGCACUGCCUGCGGGAGCAGAGCCUGCACUGCACCCUGUGCAGAGGGCAGCCCUGCUGCGCUGCGGGGUGUGCCGGUGCCCUGGAGGAACGUUUCAGCCCCGGAAGAAUGAGGCUUGCCGGCAGGAGUAGCGCUGCACUGUGUGCUUCAAACACAAGUGGGCACUUGGGUUUGGCCAACCCGACCCAAGAGACCACGGACAGAGCUUCAGAGGUUAAAUCAGCGUGCUGUAAAUUGAGGAACAGAGUUAGGGAAUAAACAGUCCCAGUAAAUUCCUUGUGAUCCCAAGUGAUGGAAAAGCAGAGUGCGCACUGUGAGUCACAGCAUGAGGAGCGGUGUCUCAAAGCAGUGGGGCUGCAGGCAGAGCAGGAGCAGUGCGGUGCUGCGGACCCCAGCUUGGUGGCAAUGGAGACCGUCUCUUCUUCUCCGUCACCCUUCCCUGACAGCUCCCCCUCCAUGCCCCCUGGGAAUGCCACAGCCCACGACCACUACUCUGGCCUCCAGAAGAGCCUGCAUGUCCUCUCCAUGGUGGUGUACAGCAUUGCCUGUGUGCUGGGGGUAACAGGGAACGGCCUCGUCAUUUGGAUUGCAGGCUUCAAGAUGAAGAAGACAGUGAACUCAGUGUGGUUCCUCAACCUGGCCAUCGCUGACUUCAUCUUCACCUUUUUCCUGCCCCUCAGCAUCGCCUACACCGCUCUGGACUUCCACUGGCCCUUUGGGAAGCUGCUGUGCAAGCUGAACAGCACCAUCGCCUUCCUCAACAUGUUCGCCAGCGUCUUCCUCCUGAUGGUCAUCAGCGUGGACCGCUGCGUGGCCGUGGCCUUCCCCGUGUGGUCCCACAACCGCAGGAGUCCAGAGCUGGCGGCCAGGGUCGCGCUGGGGACGUGGGGCAUGGCUGUCCUGCUCAGCUCCCCGUACCUCAUUUUUCGUGACACCGCGGUCAGUUCCCGUAACAUCACCAGCUGCUAUAACAACUUUGCGCUGUCUGAUGACUACUCGGCCGAGGAGACACGGAGGCUGUGGAGGAUGCGGCACAAAGCAAUGAUCAUAACACGGUUCUUAUGUGGGUUCCUCAUCCCCUUCACAGUGAUUCUCAUCUGCUACAGCGUUGUUGCUGUCAAGCUGAAAAGAAGGCAACUAGCCAGCUCUGCAAAGCCGUACAGAAUUAUCAUUGCUGUCACAGUCUCGUUCUUCCUCUGUUAUUUCCCCUAUCAUGUCUUCUCCUUGCUAGAAAUAUCUCAAAACUCUUCCAGUCAUGAGAUGAAAAUGGCCCUCUACAUAGGAAUCCCCCUGGUUUCCAGCCUUGCUUUCUUCAACAGCUGUAUAAAUCCCAUCCUUUACGUCUUUGUGGGGCCAGAUUUCAAGGAGAAGUUUUGCCAAUCCAUCUUGUCGACCUUUGAAGGGGCAUUCAGUGAGGAGUCAAUGCUGGGCAGCCUGAGCAGCAGGAGGAAGUCCAGGUCUGCCUCAGAAGCAGAAGUCCCAAGGCUCUGACUGGGCAUGGUUCAUCAUGGGCACCACUACAGGGCAGUUUUCUCUCUCUGUUUUUCUUUCUUCUUCUCUCUUCUUCUCUUUUUUUUCUGCUGAUUUGUCACAACAUCCCAUUUUUAGCAGGCAACCCUUUGUAAACUGAGUCUGUGACUUUCCUGACAGGAUUCCCUUUAUUUUCCCUUCUCUCCAGUGUCCUUCAGCCAUGAGAAGCAGCCUCUGAGCUCAGUGGAGUCACCUUGUAGGUACCCGAGUCUGCAUCACUACUGGGUUCACCCUCAGGGCAUUCCUAAAUGGCAAGUUAGCUGCUGAGAGGAUGUGUUCUCUGCACUUGCUAGGCUUUCCUGGUAGCCAGUCUUUGCUGGGAUGCAAAAAUUCUGGGGUUCCACCAGGGGGCAAAAUUGGAUGCAGGUGUGCUGGCAGCAGGCGCAGCUGGCACUUCAGCUGGCUAAGGGGAUGGAGGGAAGAGCUGCUUCAUAAAUUCCUUAUAAUUAAAUCAGUAAUAAAAUACAUCUUUUCCUGUGCAUCAUACCAGUCUGGCACAUGGGCUGCUGAAUUUUAAGUAGAAGAUGAUUAAAUUAAAAAAAAAAGCAGCAUGAACAUGCAGUGGGAUCUGUCUGGAGGCACUUUUGCAAAUGCAGCUUUUAAAGAAACAGGAUUAUAUGAGGUGGUUAUGUGUAUUUUGGUAGGGUCUGGGCUAGCUUCGUCCUUUCCCUCCCGAGACAAGUUGUUGGUUGUGUCCCACUUACUCAGAUUUGGUGUUCAGCAUAACUGUUCCUGAGCAAUGCUACUCCAUGUUUGUGUUUGACCUGCUUCUGGCCCUUGUAUAGCUAAAAAGUCUCAUUUUGUACUCCAUUAAACUUAUUUAAAACAUACCCAGCCUACUGUGCUGCCUGUGUGAUCCAUUCAAAAUGUGAAUGCUCAUGUUUGCUAACAAAGCAACUAGAUAAGAAGAUUCAAUGAUUUGGAAAUUGCUCCCAGUAACUCUCCCCUGUCUGACAUAGGCAGCACUCAGCCUGCGUGACGAGGUUUGUCUAAAACCCAGCAAGGCAGAGAAGGAAGAGCAAAUUUAGAAUUGGGUUUGCCCAGAUUUCACUUUUGCAAAGUGCUUGGGAUGAAGAUGGUGGUGUUAUUCCCCUGGGUUUGAUCGGCCUCUGAACAGCUUCAAUGAUUAUGGCAUAAAACGUCGGUCAGGUAGAAGGGAAGGUUCCCAUCCCAACACGGGGCAGCUGUGUGAGCAGGUGCUGGUAUCACACCUCCUUCCCCUGCCUGUAACAUGACACAAACUACCACUGUCCCAUUUAUGCUGCUAGGAAGCAGCCUCUCAGCUGCUCGUGGAACCUCAUUGCUUCAAUGGCUGGAAAAUCUGUCUGAAUCCCAGCCUGAAUGUAUGAAUGUGCACGUCUCUCAUUUCUUUGUGGAUGACAGCACUGAGUGAGAUCUGUCACUUGAACAUGUUAAGGAUUAAUUACAGGUCUGUUGGGUCACACAAUAUUAAAUGAAGGUUGUGAUCCUACAGGCAUCCAUGUACUUAACCUUAAAUUCAUGCGUAAUCCCACUGAGAUCAGGGAAUGUAGCAAGACCAUCCAUAUGUCAAGCAUGAGUGAACAGAAAGAUUUACCCUUUACCACAAAUUGCUGCCUGUCAUCCAGAUAAAGCUGCAAUGUUUGCUAUGCAGUGCAAUGCUGGGGCUGUUUACUUGCUCCUGGUGGCAAAUGACAGCAUUGAUUGCAGUGUCAAGGUUGUGCAGACCAGUGUUUGCUCUUUCUGGUUUUCUUAAUCUGUUUGCAGAGCCCACAUUAUUCCCUGUGACAAGCAUCUCUGAGAUUGCUGGACCAAAGCCUUGGCCUCCCAUUGUGCCUCUCUCAUCAUCCCAGAACCCUUGAACUUGGAGCGUCACAGUUUGGGAUAAGAAAGGAUGUAAUUUUCUGGGCCAUUUGGGCAUACCAGAUGGGUACAGGGUUCUGAUGUCAGUGAAGCAGAGAGUCUGGAUGGUACAAGGAAUUGCUGCUCAAAUACCAGGAGAGCAACCUACAGAGCACCACCUUCUCCUUGGCAUCCCAGCCAAGCACAGCGUGCCAUUAGCACAGCAGCUUUAGCAAAUCCCAUUUAACCUGCAACUAAAUUGUCCUAAUGCCCCUCCCAGAAGUGGCCUCCUCUUUAAGUGGCACAUUAUUAUGGUUAAGCAAAAUAGUGCUCCUUCACAGAACUCUCUCCUUGCAUGAUGGGAAAGGGACUUAGAGAGUUUCAAACAGCUGUUCCUGAGAACACCUGUCAAAAUACUGUUGAGGAAAAAAUGGGAAAGGGAAUGUUUUAUCGACAGUAACCUCAUGGCCAUUGCUGUGUUGCAGGAUGGUCACAGAAAUAGUUCUGUCAUCCUGGGUCUGAUCCCAAGCCUUUAUGCAAAGCUGACACCAGGUGUGGUUAGGCUGCCCGGGGACUGGUUCCAAGAUAAAUCUCUCAUAUUGAAUUUGCUUGUGUUCAGGCUAUUCAAUUAUUACAACAAUAAUUAAGCUAGUCCCUCAUUGCUAACUAGAAGGCAGGCUAUUCAUUCUCUCUGAUAUUCAUAUUUGCCAUCUCUGUAAAUAAAAAAGCUUGAAUAAAGAAAAAAAUCCAAGACAAGCAAACAAUCCUAAGGGGUCAAGCAGCAUUUUUGGCAGCUGUGCCCCCCUCUGACGCAGCUUUCCUCUCAAGGCUCUCUCAGAUGUGAUCAGUUGCGUGGUGCUGGGCUUCAAGAACAGCCUGAACCCCUGGUAUUUGCAGUUGUUGAGAAAGGCACAGGUCGGCUGUCCUGCUGGCCUCUGCCUGAUUGGCCCUGCGGAGGGGCGGCUCUGUGGGCAGACUGACAGCUCCAUUCCUACAAAUAGGAUUGGGAUGGACAGAGCCACUUGGGGCAUGCUGGGUUCAGUUGUGUGUGAAGAAAGCUGAGAGCAAGCAAGUUUUGGUAGCUGGGGUGUUUGGUAUGGAGUAGCAGGGCAGUAGCGGAUGAGGUCAUUAAUGCUUUGGAGGUGGGUGAGGUGAACGUGGUAUCACCAAAACAUCUUGGUGACAGAGCUCAGAAAGGCUUGGCAGGUGAUUCGGGCUAGAGGCUUUGUCAUGGCAGAAAGCCCAAAGCCUGUGCCUUCUGAGUGCACCCUGCACUGUUCAGAGCUGUCCUCAAAGGAAGGGAGAAAGGGAAGGAGGUACCCUGCUACCUGGUGCAGGUGGGGGGAAUUAUGUCAUGGGGCUAGUGCAGGAGAGUGAAAAUAGAAUGGGCAAAAUCCCAAACAACAUGACUGUGACCCACCCUAAUUCAAUCCAAGGCUAAGUGGUACCAGGUCAGUGGUCCAUUUCUGGUUGGAUGAGGGUCUACCAGGAUGGUAUGGUGUUCUUUAGCACAAGACAAAGUAAGUGUGGUAUUUUCAUUAUGCUGGGGCACCACCAUAGUAUAGCUGGAUUUUGUGACACAGCAGCUUCUGUAAGGAAGACAGGAUCCUAGACAAGGAUUUAACGAAGAUCUCAAGCAGUUAAAGCCUGGGGGACUUGCAGCAUGUAGUCCUUGAUAGCAGUGGAUUGUUGCCAUGCCUGGCAGUUCUAUGUUUUUCUAGCAAGCAUUUUAAGUCAGAAUUUCAACUUGAGCUGGGCUGCUUUGCUUUGGAGGAGAGAAUAUAGCAGGUGACUCAGGAGGUGGGGAGAAGCUGCAGAGCUAUCAGGGACAAACCAACCAAGCAGCAUUUCAAGAAGAGGUUGUACUCUAUCCUUGGAACCUGGAGGAGAGCAUGGAAAUAAAAAACUGAGCUCAGAACAGUUAAGAGGAAAGAGGGAGGGAAGAACAGGAGCUGAGACAGCCUUAAAAGUACCAGCAGCGGAUGGUGGGUGCAGAUGGAUGGAAAGUGAUUCAGCAGGGGAGGAAGUUCUCAGUAGAUGCUCCUAAAUGAAACAAUAAAAGCCUAUGAGAAGCCUGCUAGUUCUUUUGCAUUUCUUCUGGUGAAAUCUUCCUGGUGAGUAAAACUUUUAAAGUGUCUCACUCCUGAACCUGGGGAAUGGGCUUGUUAGAUAAGGUCAAGCUAAAGGCAAUGUAUAGAGGUCCAUCACUUCUUGGCAUUGCAGCUGGGUAAGGAUCCCAACCUGCACAGGUAUUUGUGCAUUAUUGCUGCUCUGGGCUCAGCCCUGUUCUGCACCAAGCUGGGAGGAGAUCAGAGUGCCCCUGCAGGUUGCUCUUUGGCACUUCUCCUAGUUUCUGCCUAGCUGCUUUGGGCAGAGAUGGAAGUCAGCAGUCUCUUUACCUUCCCCUCUCUUUCUCCCCUUCCCCCAUAUUUGUGUAUGUGAAGCACAGGAUCUUCUCUCUACUGAGCUCUGCUUUCAUUAGCAAGCCCACUGUACAGUGACCCGUGCCUAAUUCAAACCUUUCCUGAAUAUUCACUAAGAGCCUGCGCAGGGCACGAUGCAUCCCCACUUCCUCUGUGUAGAGGAGCUGUAGCUUUGUGCAGUAAUGCAGUAAAUGCCAAGUCAAACUAGGACCUACUGGGUAGGACAGUGAAACAGAGUGUUUGGCACUGUGUAGCUGUUCAACUUCCCUAAAAUGACACCACUUCAUUGUUCAGUGGCUUUUGUUUAAGGGAGAAUUAAAGGGCAAACCACAUCUGUUAUGUUUUGACUGAGUUAUGACUGUUACACAAACUUUACAGGACGCUGCUGCAUGCAAUCACAGCAAGCAAAGACAAUAUGCAAACAAAGCAGAAGAUGCUACUUCUGGUUCUCGUUCCAGGACAGCGUUUGCUCAAAUCCUCUCCCUUUCAUCCAGCUUGAGACAUUUUUCUGUGCAGUGACCUGUUAAACACUGGCUAUUCCAACAAGUCUGUUGUUUCUUUGUUUGAAGGCUGACAGGAGAUAACUCCAUGCCUGUGCUGAAGGCUGAUGUGGCAGAUCUGUUAAUCAUUUCAGACUGACCUGGAACUUGCAGUACUGUUAGAAAUGGGAAACAAACUAACCUGUGUUUUUUUUUAUAUAUAUAUAUCUAUUUUCCCUAAGUAGAUAUAUUCAUGACUUAGGAGGGAUGUUACUAUAAUAGAAUUAAUUGGUGCCUGUUUCCUGCAGACAGCCAAGCCACAGUUAGGCAUUAAUAUUUGAUUAAACAAAAGGAGAGUGCUGUCUAUUUAGCCCUUCAUGUAGAUAAGAUGCCUGCUCUGCUCUGGGGCCUUUCUUAAGGCACUUUAGUUCUCAGAAGUGAGGAAUGCUAUUUUCCAGAUCACUUCCAAGCACAGGGGAUAUUCAGAAAUCUAUUUAUAGCUACUUUGAGCUCUGCCUCUAGCUGGGCAGUAUCCAAGUUGGUGUCUUCUAGAAACCAGACACGCUCACUCCCGAGGCAGGGAUUGGAGGUGGCAGCCUUGAGGCUGUGCUGAGCGUGGAGGUUCCUACAUGCUGCAGGGCACCCCAGCAGGCUCUGGAAGAAUACAUGGGCAGAAGAUUUCUUCAAGGUGCCUUGUAAGACUACUGGGAGAGACAAAACACAUUCACAGGGCUGUGUCAGGAUGAAAGCAAAAUGUUUCUUUUGUGUGUCAAGCUCAAUAACUUUUGCCAACAAACAGAUUGACAGGAGAUUUUUAAUGUCCACCUUAAUUAAAAAAAAAAAAAUA